AUGGCCUUCCAUUCCUCGGUCGCUCCCAUCCCCUUGGCCCCACCUCCCGGACCCGGAGCCUUCCACCGAGCCCACCGCCCCGCCGGAGCUCCCCGAGCCGGCGCGCCCGGGAGGAGUCUCGCCGCCCACUCGUCUCCCUCUCCCGACGUCGUGGUCACGCGCGAGCAAGGCAAGAACGCCAAGCUCGUCGCCUCUCUAGAGAAGCAUAAUGUGCACUCUCUGGAGCUUCCUCUUAUUCAGCACGUCGAAGGGCCUGAUGCAGAUAGGCUUUCAGCUGUCUUGCGGGAUGAAAAGUUUGACUGGAUUACUGUAACAUCUCCUGAGGCAGCUGCAGUGUUCCUUGAGGGAUGGAAGGCUGCUGGAAGUCCUAAGGUCCGAAUAGCAGUUGUUGGAGCAGGUACUGCAAGAACUUUUGAUGAAGUAUUGCAAUCCAGUGAUGGAUCCCUUGAGGUUGCAUUUUCUCCUUCCAAAGCUUUGGGCAAAGUUUUGGCCUCAGAGCUUCCAAGGACUAGUGAGACUGCCUCUAAAGUGUUGUAUCCUGCAUCCGCAAAGGCUGGCCAUGAAAUUCAGAAUGGGCUGUCAGCUCGAGGAUUUGAGGUGACAAGACUGAACACAUAUUCAACCGUACCUGUACAAGAUGUAGACCCACAGAUUUUAAAGCUUGCUCUUUCAGCACCAGUUGUUGCAGUAGCUUCUCCAUCUGCACUCCGAGCUUGGCUAAACCUCAUGUCACGGGUCGACAACUGGAGCAACUCGGUCGCCUGCAUAGGCGAGACGACGGCUUCAGCGGCCAAGAAACUCGGCCUGGAGAGCGUAUACUAUCCUGCAACCCCUGGACUCGAAGGGUGGGUUGAAAGCAUCCUGGAAGCGCUCAGAGCCCAUAAGCAAUCGUCCAAGCCCCAAAGUGUCGGAGACGAGCACGGUUGA